AUAUUAACUCCACGCAUGACCCCAACAACUGAAACCGUCAAUCAACAAACAAAGCCAACUCUAACACGUUUCUUCACAGCCUCACUCAUGAGAGUUAUGAAAGAUGUGUCUACAAAACUCAACCAAUUAAACGAGACGGACCUAAGAAAGGGUCCAUGGACAUUAGAAGAGGACACCAUUCUCGUUAAUUACAUUACAACCCACGGUGAAGGUCAUUGGAAUACUGUCGCAUGCUGUGCAGGUCUGAGGAGAAGUGGGAAAAGUUGCAGAUUAAGGUGGCUAAACUAUCUGCGUCCCGAUGUGCGGCGUGGAAAUAUCACACUCCAAGAACAGAUAUUGAUUCUUGACCUCCACUCUCGUUGGGGCAAUAGGUGGUCGAAAAUUGCACAGCAUCUACCAGGAAGAACAGACAAUGAAAUAAAAAAUUAUUGGAGGACGAGAGUGAUGAAGCAAGCAAAGCAACUCAAAUGUGAUGUCAACAGUAAACAGUUCAGAGACAUAUUGCGUUACGUGUGGAUGCCCCGUUUGCUCGAACGGGUUCAAUCCGAUCCAAACGGACCCGAUGACAUUCUUCCCCGAAACGCUAUGCACAAUUCAGUUUUGGAAACAGAGGGGCCAAAACAGAACAACUCCUCAAGUGUACUCAGUAGUACUUCCUCAGACUCAUCGGUGGAAUUCCAAGUUCCUUCGAAAUUGGCCCAAAAUGAUUCUUUGGAGAUGUUGGGCCAUGAUGACCCGGCCCAAAAAGGCUCCGAAUUAUGUUCCAGUUUUAAUAACCAAGUGGGGAAUAAUGGUGGUGGCGGCGACUCAUUGGAGAGUUUGUGGAACGACGAAAGCAUGUGGUUUUUGCAACAACUCUCUGAUGAUCUCCAAAUAAAAUACAAUUCCUUUGCGUGACGCUUUAUUUAAUUCAUAGUAGUGUGAAAACGUUGAACAACCGUCCAAAAAUGUUUUGAUGACUUUGAUGUGUAAAUUGUGAAAUUGGUAUACGGCACUAAGUAGGUCAUAGGUAUAUUGUCGCAUUAGGGGAUGAAUUCAUAAGCUUGUUGCUACAAAAAUACAUGAAAAUUGCACGCGCUAAAGUCUUUAUUCCUUGAGCAAUUAUGGUAAGUUGAUUUGUGAUUAGUUUCAUUGUUAGUUUUUUCUCUACUUUUGACGUAAGUUAAUGUAGUGCUCUUUUACGUGGUAUUGGCUUGUGCUUCUACGCUUGUUAAAGCGUGUGAUUGCUCUGCUUUUAAACUAGGAAAAAUAGUUUGUGGAGAACAAGCGAGCAUGCGUUCCAUCAAUAAAUUUACACAGUUGGUUUUAAUUAACCCCCAAGACACUGGAAGUUUAGUGCUACAUGUCUGAGAUUGACAAGCUAUUUCCUUCGUUGGUUUCGUGCUCGCAAGUACUUGAGAAUUUCCAAGUGUAGAGGAGCUAGCACGUGAAACUUUAUCAAUUAUAAAUUGACAUAUAGCACAUGUAACACGGUGUCCUUGUGGACUUGUGGUGAUUCCUACUAUUAUUGAUUAAAUUUCAAUGUAUCUCACGAUAGAUUUGUAAAAAUCUCAGUGAAGCAUGUGGCCCUAAAUAUACGAAAGCAACGUGGGACUUUGAUUAGCUU